AUGGAACUGGAGGGAAAGAAUAUAAUUUACGUUGGCGGAUUCGGUGGCAUUGGUGAAAAGUGUGUUGAGGCACUCCUUAAGGAUCAUGUAAAAAGUCUUUUAAUUUUCGAUGUGCACUGCAAUGCUGAAUAUCUGCAAUAUUUACAAAAUACGUACACACAUUCGUACUUGGAUUAUAUUCCAAUGAACAUUACCAACAGUGAAGACAUUCGGAAUGCAUUCCAGAAAGCUAAGACCAUGAUACAGACUUUCGAUGUGGUGAUAAAUGGAGCUGGCAUUGUGGAUGAGGAAGAGAUCGACCAAAUAGUGCAGACUAAUUUAACAGGUCUUAUUCAUAGUACCCUGAUUGCUAUGGAGCAUAUGAGUAAAUCCAAUGGUGGCCACGGAGGCUGUAUUAUCAAUAUAUCUUCUAUAGCCGGCUUAAAUCCAACGGAGAUUUGUUGCGUCUAUGGUGCAACGAAAAGCGGUGUACUUUAUUUCACCAGAACUCUGGGACAACCUAUGUAUUACAGAAAAACUGGAAUCAGUUUCAUUACCAUCUGCCCUGGGGGAACGGCCACACCAAUGUUUCAGCAAGCAUUUACAAAAAUGAUGGGAAUCAAACAUUUGCCAGAGCUUUAUAAUGUUCUGAAGUCGAUGGAACCCCAAAGCGCCACAACACUUGCCAAAAACCUAAUCAAGGUUCUCAAAAUGGCUUCGAAUGGUUCAACGUGGGUUUUAAAUGAUGGCCAAAUAGAAGAAGUCAACUUUCCAGAAAUAUGGGGACCGGCAAUGAAAUUAAGUUAG